UCUGUUCUGACUGCAAGGCAAGAGCAGAGAACAGACAAGACGGGCCAGCAGAGCAAAAAAAAAAAAAAAAAGAAACCUGCCCCCGAACUCAAAGACUGAGCUGAGAUAUUUGAGUUUUGAAGACAAAGACAUAGAAAAAUCGACCUGCUGGAAUUUACUGCUGAGACCCAGCUUUUAUUUCCAUUUUAUGAAAGGACUCCUUUUUUUCUUUUGCAACAAGUCAGAGCUGCACAUAAGUUUGAAUGAGUUUUGCACUGGAUUUGAUUCCUUCUUAGGUUUAUGUGCGUAAUUUUGGGACAGUUUUGUGGAAGACUUUUUAGUUCAUAGUGGAAAUUUUUGUAAAGGAUUUACUUGCUCCAUUGUAGAGACUUUAUUUUCAGUUUUUUUUCCACUUAUCGGAUUUCACAUUUAUAUGAUGUGGGUUUUACGCGUUUCCAUCGGUUUGUUUGCCGCACUGUGCGUCAGCGCAGCGCAAAGCGCCUGGGAGGAGAGCACUGUUGUGCCGGUCAGAUUAGACCCGACGGCCCGGUCUGAGAGCGAAGCCGAACCAUGGCGGACUCUCUCCGCAGAGGAGAAAGAGAAGGAGGCGGAGAUGAGGGUCUACCGGUUGGACGUAUUUGGCCAGCAGCUGGUUUUGCAACUGGAGCCCGACCAGACCUUCUUGGCGCCGGGUUUUGUCUUUCACAUUGUGGGGAGUCCGGAGUUCGAGGCGACGGAGGAGCCCAAGAGCGCAGCCGAGCCGGGUUGCUUCUUCUCCGGCACAGUGAAUGGAGAGGAGCACUCUGCCGCUGCGCUCAAUCUGUGCCACGGACUCAGGGGCGGAUUCUACUUUAAGGGCGAAGAGUAUUUUAUUCAGCCCCUCAACUCGAGCGACUUUCGGGGCACCGAGGAGGAUGUCCACACGAUCCGCAAGAGAGGCCGAGCGGGUUUGGCUGAGGAGGGCAGCUCCAAGUGCGGGGUCAACGAGGACGAGGAGAGGGUGCCAAAGAAUCUGGAAAAAGAAGCCAGUCACGGGGCCCCUAACUCAGACCAGACAGCCCACCACAGGACCAGGCGUUUUGUUUCCACCCCUCGCUACCUGGAGAUCAUGCUGGUGGCCGACCAGUCCAUGGCCGAAUUCCACAGCACGGGACUCAAACCUUACCUUCUGACCAUCAUGGCGGUGGCGUCCCGCCUCUACCGCCACCCCAGCAUCCACAACUCCAUUAGCCUGGCGGUGGUGAAGCUGCUGGUGGUGUACGAGGAGGAGAAAGGCCCCCAGGUGUCAUCCAACGCUGCCAUGACCCUCCGCAACUUCUGCCAGUGGCAGCGGCAGCACAACCCCGCGAGUGACCGCCACCCAGAGCACUACGACACAGCUGUGCUCUUCACCAGGACGGACCUUUGUGGAGCCCAGUCUUGUGACACUUUGGGGAUGGCAGAUGUUGGAACCGUGUGCGACCCUGACAGGAGCUGCUCAAUAAUUGAAGAUGACGGUCUGCAGGCAGCAUUUACAGUGGCACACGAACUCGGUCACGUUUUCAACAUGCCUCAUGAUGAUGCCCAGCUGUGCUCUGGUGUCAACGGUCCCCACUGGGGCUCCCACAUGAUGGCCUCCACCCUGUCCAACCUGGACCAGCAGCAGCCAUGGUCUCCUUGCUCGGCGCUCAUGGUCACCACAUUCCUGGACAACGGCCAUGGUCAGUGCCUCCUGGAUAAACCGGUCAAGCCUCAGCCACUUCCACUGCCUCUACCCGGAACCGUGUAUGACGCUGACUACCAGUGCCGCCUGACAUUUGGGGAAGAUUCCCUCCACUGCCCGGACCUGAGCACCACGUGUGCAACUCUGUGGUGCACCGUGACUACAUCCAACGGUUUGCUCGUGUGCCAGACCAAGAACUUCCCGUGGGCUGAUGGGACUUCAUGUGGGCAUGACAGCUACUGCCUGGCUGGACAGUGUCUCACCAAGAGCCAGGCCGCCAAGCACCAGACUCCUGUUAAUGGCGGCUGGGGUCCGUGGGGUCCCUGGGGUGAUUGCUCUCGUACCUGCGGCGGAGGAGUGCAGUACUCCUUCCGCUCCUGUGACAACCCUUUGCCCAAGAAUGGAGGCAAAUACUGUGAGGGCAAGAGGAUCCAGUACCGCUCCUGUAACACAGAAACCUGCCCUGAUACCAACGGCCUGUCGUUCCGCGAGGAGCAGUGUCUGGCCCACAACGACAUGUCAGCCCAAGUGUCGCUGGGUUCAGGCGAGGGCGUCGAGUGGGUGCCCAAGUAUGCCGGAGUUUCGCCCAAAGACCGCUGCAAGCUGAUGUGCCGGGCCAAAGGGACUGGAUACUUCUUUGUCCUCAAAUCUAAGGUGGCCGACGGUACCCCCUGCAGCCCAGAUUCCACUUCAGUUUGUGUUCAAGGCCAGUGUGUCAAGGCCGGAUGCGACCGCGUCAUCGGCUCCAGCCGGCGCUUUGAUAAGUGCGGCGUGUGUGGCGGAGAUGGCUCCACCUGCAAGAAAGUGUCAGGCUCUCUGGAUCGUGCCAGGCCUGGCUACCAGGAUGUUGUAAUUAUCCCUGCCGGCGCCACCCACCUGGAUGUCAAGCAACGCGCCCCUGGCAACGAUAACAGCUACCUGGCAGUGCGUCGCCAAGAUGGAACCUACCUGCUGAAUGGUGAUUACAAACUGAUGACCAUGGAGACGGACAUCGCCCUGCGUGGGGCACUGUUGCGUUACAGCGGUUCUUCCGCCGUUCUGGAGCGCCUCCGAAGCUUCGCCCCGCUCCCCGAACCCCUCACCAUUCAGGUGCUGUCUGUAGGGGCAUCCCCAAGACCACGGGUUAAGUACAGCUACUUUGCUCCAAGGCCCCACAACGCUGCUUCAGCCUCCAACAUCAACGCAGGCCGGCGCCAGUCUAUCAACGCCAUCCGAGAGGUGGGCGGAGCCGAGUGGACCCUGAGGGAGUGGAGCCCAUGUUCGCAUACCUGUGGGGGAGGGGUGCAAAAGAGAGAGGUCAUGUGUCUGGAUGCCCAGGGACGUCCCUCCAGAGACUGCCCAGAGGAACUGCGCCCCUUGGUCUCCCGGUCAUGCGCCUCCCAGUCGUGCCCCUCCUGGCUCCUCGGCGAGUGGUCAGCGUGCUCCAAGACCUGCGACCGAGGCUUCCGCAAGCGCCAACUGCGCUGCAUCGGCCACGACGGGCGCACGCUAACCCACGAAAGCUGCGACCCCAAAGACCGGCCACGGCCCCUGCUGGAACUGUGCAAUCGGGGCCCCUGCUAAGGACUGCAUCUACAACCUGACCUCCUGUCGUCCCAGCGUUCAGAAAGACACAUCACAUAAUAGCUGCCUCACUCGUACCAUGGACAGUCUGAAGAGGCCGAUGAAUGUUUACAUCCAGAGUGUUAUGUGUUUUCAUGGGUUCCAAUGAGUCCACAGUGACUGUGGCUAUUACUGCCCAUUCCCUCCAUCCACGUUGCAGCAACAAGGACUGAUCACAGCUGUGUGUCCUCGCGGCACAGAAGUGGCACACUUUGCGUCCCGUUAAGGGGAAGAACGUGCAGACAUUCCUGAUUUCCCUAGAAAAAAAAAAGAAAAAAAAAAGAGAGAGCAUGCUGCUUACCAUGCCAAUGUCGUGCUCGUAUGUGUGUGUGUGUGUGUGUGAGAGAGAUUUGUGUGUCAAAUUUUAAAUGCAUUUAAUGUUUGUCCAAGCUGGGCUGGACAGACAAGUAGGGGUUCGGGUGGGGGAGGUUAUUAACAGAGUAUAUAAAGAAACAAAUGAAAGAGAAUAGCUCAUAAUCUACUUGCUCACCCCAUCAGGUAUGGAAAAUAAGAUAGCUCAUAGUUAUAGUAAUGUUAUGUUCAGACUUCAGUCCACGUUUAUUUAUCACAAACCUGAAGCACUUCAUCUUUGUUUUUGCCAGCGGCACAUUGUAACACCCAGUUUCUCUAAAUGCCUCAGUACACCUUGUCUCUUAGCCAUAUCUUGCCCUCGUCUACACAGCCUUCAAUGAGGGAACUCUUCAAAGACCAAAGAGGAGUGUGUGUCUGAGUGUGUGUGUGAACAUGUGUGUGUGCGCGUAUAUUUGUGUGUGUGUGUGGAGACCUAAAGAGGGACUUGUCUCCUGCUACUACUUCAUAAGUAAGUCUCUCCCGCCUUCUGCGAAGGCACCUUGUUCUUUUUUCCACGUUUAUUUUUUUUUCCCUUUUGUACAGAAUAUCCAAACUUUAUUUAUUUUUGUACAGCCUGUUAAAUAUAUUCAUGUGGCUUUUUUUAAUAUUAUUUUUUAUUUGUUAUUGAGAUCACAGAAGGAAGUAGAUUAUAUAGAGUAUUUAUACAAUGUUUUUUUAUAUAUAUAUAUAUGUAUAUGCAUAUACAUAUAUGUAUAUAUAUAGAUAUAUAUAUAUAUAUAUGGUCCUAGGUUCAUGAAUAAAGUAUCACAUUGACUUGUGCAA